AUGCAAUCUAUGCUUUCGAUUGUUUUCCUCUUGCUCAUCAAGACGACUACAGGGUACCUGGUCCCAGAUCCGCCUGGUGAAUACAAUGUUACCUUAACAGUCGGGACCCUGACCGACUACACCCGCAAUGAUCCUUCAGUCGCAACGCCAACGCCUCGGACAUUGGUGCUGUCGGUCUUCCAGCCUGCGAAAUGCGCCACCACUGUGCCCGUCACCUAUAUGCCCAACACAACUGCCGAAUUCCAAGGGCCAUAUCUCCAACAGCAGUUCAACAUUUCUGCCAACUUCACGCCCCUUUUCUUGGAAGCUCGCCUACCGGUGUGUCCAAAAGCACCCAGCAGUUGCUCGCCCCUAGAUGAUGGCCCUAUCCUACUCUUCUCAGGUGGCUGGAACAUCCCACGCCUCUAUUAUAAUGUCCUUGCCUCUGCCAUCGCCAGCGAGGGCUUCACAGUCAUUACCAUCGAUCACCCGGGGGACACUAAUAUCAUUACCUAUCCUGAUGGCCACGCGGUCAUCGGAGACGGUCCAGGUAACCCCGAUGGCGACGAGUACGCACAAUAUACGUACGCUCGUGCCGCCGACGCAUCCUUUAUAAUCGAUCAACUGAGCAACGCCACUGCCAUGGGCGGGCUGCUUCCCCAACGCGGGCCUCGACAAUUCCCCACCAACCGCGUCGCUAUGAUGGGUCACUCUCUUGGAGGUGCCACUUCUAUUCAUGCCGCCGGGCAGGACACUCGCAUCCGCGGUGCAAUCGAUUGGGACGGCAGUUUCUUCGGUUCUCUGCCUCCGUCGGGACUGUCCACGCCAGUUUUGCUUGUAUCCGAGGAGCUCGGGAACGUUACUGACCCCACUUGGGACGCGUUGUGGCCGCAGCUGAAGGGUCCCAAGCUAUGGCUCGAGGUCGCGAACACGACACACAUGAGCUUCUCAGAUGCGCUCGUACUGUUACAGGCCAGUGGACAAGACACGACGGGGGCUUUCGCGGAUCUGCUUGGAUCGAUUGCGCCAGCCGAGUUGGUGCGGCUCCUGGUGGCGUAUACGACCGCGUGGAUGAAUGGGGCGGUCAGAGGUAAGGUAGGAGGGCCGUUGCUUCAAGGGAAGGAGCCGCGCAGGUUUCCCGAGGUCAAAACAGUGAGUUCAAGCAACCUCUGA